GCGAAGGGCAGGAUCCGCAGAAGAGCGCCAAGUUUCGGACGCUUCCUAUGGCUUCGGGUGUUUUGGUUUAAGUUGCGCGCUUUGGCUGUUCAUCUCUUCGAUCCUGGAGCACUGUAAGCUGUACGUGUGAGUAAAAACUCAACCCCUAAUACGGAAGAACUCUUAUUAGAAUAAGAAAAACCACCCUUUUGACUCGGAACUCGCUAUGGAAGAGUUGGAAAGACGGCGGAACGUGGUCUUCGUUCUCGGCUCGCCCGGCGCCGGAAAAGGAACAAUGUGCCGACGACUUGCUCAGAAGUACGGCUUCGAGCACGUCUCCGUCGGAGACCUGUUGAGGCGAGAGGAAGGAACCGUGGGAUCGGUCUACGGGCCUGUCAUCCGAAUCCUGGGCAAACACGUGCCACCGGAGAUCACAUUGGAGCUGCUCAAAUGUGCAAUUGCACAAAGCAAAGCCGACACUUUCCUUCUGGAUGGGUUUCCGAGAAGCCUCGACCUCCUGAAGGGCUGGAAUGCAGACAUGGCUGACAGGUUCCCCCUCAAGUUUGUCCUCUUUCUGGAUUGCCCGGGCGAGAUCUGCAGGAUGCGCAUUGUCAGACGUGCAGAGCAAGGCAGUGGUAGGCCCGACGAUCGCUCCAUCACUUUUUCGGAGAGGCAGCAACGGUUCAUGACACAAACAAUGAGAGUGAUCAACCACUUUUACGGUACCAACGCCGUUGUGAGGGUGGACUCAAGAGCAAGUAACCCUGAUGCAGUAUUUCAAGACGUCGAUCGGGUGUUCCGUGCCUACUUUGGGCUUUCCUGAGACCAUAUCAGGAAAGGGGCUCUUGGAACCACAGAUAUAAUUUUUGUUGGUGCGCUUGUGUCAAAGCUCAGCUAUUGUUCAUUCUGUUUUGCAUUCAUCAAACAUGUAGGCUUUGCACUGUG